AGUUUGGAGCUGAAGUCAGUGAUUGCAACAUUUCGAGUGCAACUGGUAUUUUUGCUGUAAUAUGGCAUUCAAUGCAGCGAAGUUGGCAAGAUGUGGUCUGUUUUCAGGUGUUACGAGAUCAUUUCUUCCUCGAGUUCAUGGAAAAUGUUUAAACACAGGUGAUCCUUACAAUUUCCUAAAGGUUGAGAAGACCGGCAAAGACAAUAAUGUUGCUUUAAUCUAUUUAAACCGCCCAGAUGCUCUUAAUGCAUUAAAUAAUGGGAUAAUUGGUGAACUAACUUUGGCAUUAGAUGAUGCCCAGAAUGAUACAGAUGUUGGUGCUAUUGUUAUAACUGGAAGUGGACGAGCAUUUGCAGCUGGUGCCGAUAUCAAAGAAAUGGAAAACAAAACCUUUCAGGAGUGUAUAAAGACAGGAUUUCUAGGUCAAUGGGACAGUAUAGCAAAAUGCACAAAACCAACUAUUGCAGCUGUUAACGGUUUUGCACUUGGUGGUGGAUGUGAAUUAGCCAUGAUGUGUGAUAUCAUUUACGCAAGCGACAAGGCAAAGUUUGGACAACCGGAGAUAAAACUAGGAACCAUUCCAGGUGCUGGUGGUACGCAAAGAUUAACAAGAGUUGUGGGAAAAUCAUUAGCGAUGGAGAUGGUGUUAACUGGAGAUCAUAUCUCGGCACAGGAAGCCUUGCAAGCAGGCCUGGCUAGUAAAGUUUAUCCCGCAGAGGAAUUGUUAGAAAAGGCUGUAAAAACUGCCGAAAACAUCGCGGAGAAAUCGAAACUUGUUGUUAACAUGGCUAAAGAAGCUGUUAAUACCGCUUACGAGACAACAUUAGCCGAAGGAAUUCACUUCGAAAAGAAGAUAUUUUACGCCACGUUCGCUACGGAUGACCGCAAGGAGGGUAUGACCGCGUUUGUGGCUAAACGGCCCGCUGAAUUUAAAGAUAAUUAGAACGCUAGUAUAUAAAACUUAUAUAAUAUAUAUCAGGUCAACAUGUGCCAUGUAGCCAUUAUGUAAAAGUUUCUUCAACU